UCGAAAUUGAGUGUUUCAAAGGCUACACUAGAAAUGUCGGCAAAAGAAGAAAAUAAGCCAAACGGCGACACUUCAGUAAACUCUAAAGUUCCAGCUUGGGUUAAAGCUGAACUUUUUGAAGACUUUCUGAAGCAAACCAUUCCUGAUUUUAAAGGAAUAAAAAAUUUCAAAGCCUAUCCAGCUUUAGCUGCUGGUGAAAAUUAUGCAACUGUGGUGCUAAGAAUUGAAAUAGAAAUGGAGUUGGCAGAUGAGAAAACUAAAACUGCUUCAUAUAUAAUGAAAGUACGUCAUGCCAAUCUAUUGUUCAAAGAUGCGCCUGUACAGGAACACAAUAUAUUUGAUAUAGAAGCUGAUAUGUAUUUAAAUAUUGUGCCGCAAUUUGAAAGAAUGUACAACGAGGCAGGAGUACAAAUCAAAUUUGGUGCCCAGUGUUAUAAGCUCAAUACUAAAGAAGACUAUGUACUUCUGGAAGAUCUGAGGCCGCGCGACUUUAAGAAUGCAAAUCGUUUAGAAGGUCUGGACUUAGAACAUACCAAAGCCACUCUCAAAAAGUUGGCACAAUGGCAUGCUGCUUCAGCUGUGUAUGUGGAGACGAUAGGAAAAUAUGAUGACAAAUAUCUUGUAGGACAUUUUAGGCCAGACUUUAAAGGUAUGAUGAAACAAGUUACUGAUGGUAUGGCGAAAUCAUUUUUAACAUGUAUGAAAACAUAUGCUGGUCACGAGGAGUAUGAAGAUAGUGUGUUAAAAGUCGCACCUAAGAUGGUAGAUGAACUUUUCAAGUUUAGCAAAAUUGAUGCAAGUGAGUUUAAUGUACUCAAUCAUGGAGAUUGCUGGUCAAAUAAUAUUAUGUUUCAAUGGGAUGCUUUUGGUAAAAUCAAAGAAACAUAUUUGGUAGAUUAUCAAAUACCAAAAUAUGGCACACCAGCACAAGAUUUACUUUACUUUCUGUUAUCGUCAACGAAAUUAGAAUUGAAAUUAAGUCAAUUUGAAUAUUUUAUAAAAUACUAUUACGAUAAUUUGAUUGAAAAUUUGAAAUUACUUAAAUAUAACAAACCCUUGCCACAACUCAAGGAAAUACAUGCAAUAUUGUAUAAAUAUGGACUAUGGGGUUACACCACAGCGACUGGUGUUAUGGCAGCAGUAUUGCUGGAUCCUAACGACAAUGCGGAUCUGGAAAUGUUUGUCAGUGAGUCAAAUACGGCUGCAGACUUCAAAAUGUUAAUGUUUUCAAAUGGUCGCUAUCGCAAGCAUAUAGAAGCUAUUUUACCAUGGUUAAAGAACCGAGGUGCUUUAGAAUAUAAUUGCAACAUGGAAAAAAUAACAAAUAAAUGUGCAAAUAAACCAAAAUGGUUGUGUAAAGAAUUGUUUAUGGAUAUUUUGAAACGAAAAUUUAGUUGUGAUGAAAUUCAAAAUCUAAAAGUGUCUCCAGCAUUAUCACCAGGUGAAAACUAUGCAGCUGUGAUGCUACGCGUGGAAAUUGAAAUGAAUCUCACAAACACAAGCAAAUACGUGACUUUCAUGUUGAAAGUGCCACAUGAUAAAGAAAUGCUGAAUACACUAGUAAAGGAACAUAAACUUUUCGUUGUAGAAAAUGUAGUAUAUUUCGAUCUCUUACCACAAUUUGAAGAAUUAUAUCGGAAGUGUGGUGUUACUGUGAAAUUUGGACCACAAGCUUAUAAACUUGAAACAAAUGAAAACUAUGUCUUACUUGAAGAUUUGUGUCAAUAUGGCUUUAAAAAUGUCAAACGUCAAGAUGGUCUUGAUAUGCAGCAUACCAAAUCUGUACUUAGUAAAUUGGCUCAAUUUCAUGCUGCCUCGGCUGUGUACGUGGAAACUAAGGGAUUAUUUUCACCCAUGUUUACAGUUGGAGUUUUUACAGAAACCGUACGUGCUGAGGCUAAGACAUUACACAAUGGUUUUGUCAAUUCAUUUUUGAAAAUUUUGAAACAAUAUUUGGGAAAUGAAUACUACUGGGCAGACUUGGAAAAAUUUGUACCUCAACAAUUUGAUCUACAUUACCAAAUAACAAAAAUUGACUCAAAUGAUUUUAAUGUUUUGAAUCAUGGAGAUUGCUGGAUUAAUAAUUUUAUGUUCCAAUAUAAUGCCGAAAAAAGUAUACAAGAAACCUAUUUUGUAGAUUUUCAAAUACCGAAAUAUGGUUCCCCAGCACAGGAUUUAUUGACGUUAAUACUAUCUUCUGUCAACUACAGCUUAAAAAUUCAGCAUUUUGAUUAUUUUAUAAAAUAUUAUCAUGAAAACUUGGUUCAGAACUUAAACUUAUUAGGUUAUUCAAAAACAAUCCCAACUUUAAGGGACAUACAUAUUGCGCUUUUUAAAUAUGGUUUAUGGGGUUUCAGCACAGUUACUGGUGUCAUGGCUUCUGUCUUGGUGGAACCUUGCGAAAAUGCUACAUAUGAGAAUUUUCAUAGCGAUACGGCAGAAGGGCGUGACUUUAGAAAUAAAUUAUUUUCAAAUGUAAGAUAUCGAGAACAUGUUAAAAUAUUAUUACCGUGGCUUUACAAUCGUGGAGUUAUAUCAUCGUAAAAUAAUAUUUUUUAUAUAGUAUAUUAUAUAGUAUAGUAGC